AUGAAGUGUCUCUCACCAGAUCCAGAGACGCUUGCCCACGAAUACAUUCGCCGGAAUCAUGAGUAUGUCAGGGAGCUCACACACCUCUGUAAAAUUUUGGACACCGAAGGCUCGGGGAGGCUGACACAAGAGCAGUUCAAGUUGGGCUUAAGCCAGAAGCGUAUCCCACACUUGCUCGCGAUGAUGGAUUUGAAGAAGCACAGCAUCAAAGAGUUGUUCGAAGCAAUGGCCAAGUCACCCGAUUACGACGGGCAGGUUGAUAUCACUACCUUUGUGGAAAAAUGCAUGCUGCUCAAGGGGACCAGCACCAAUUUCGAUUUGCAGAAGCUGCGUGCGGAGUGCGACAUCGCUCACAAAAGGAUCAUCCAUAUGCUACUGGACAUCACUGUGACAGGUGGGCGUCAGUAUAGCCACUCCUCGCUGCCCGCGCCGUCUUCGGUCAGCCACCUGCGACCGAAGACGGCGCGGCCACCUCGGAAGCCAUAG